AUGUCAAUAAAUCAUGCGGCAAUGAACGCGCAAAACGACAGCUUCUGCAUUGCUUCUGAAGCCGGUGUCAAAGUUUUUCAUUCGUCGCCGCCCGUUUUGAGCCGCGAAAUCAAAGCGGAGUGUGAGUUGAUCGGGCGGUUCGAACUCAAAAAACUGGGAACCGUUUAGUAGUGGGAAAUGCUCGACUGUGCUGCGUCCUGCAUCGUUCGAACGUGGUCGCCUUCGUCGGCGGCGGCAGAGGCACGAACUAUCCUUCAAACACGGCCAUGGUCUGGGAUGACGACGCAAAGAAAGUCGCUCUCGAGUAUACUGUUCCCGGUUUGUUCGCACUAGAUCUCGUUGGGAAAAAUAUGACCUAUUGCUUUAAAAAAAUAUAUAUAUCGCUGGCGAAUGAAGAUGAGCAAGGUAUAUUAAGUUACAGUUUCUUACAUUCGUUUUUUUCUUCGUUUUCAUUAAAAUCUUCAUUUUGUGCUCAAUUAUUUAUGAUUUUUUUCACUCAAAGUCUAUAAUUUUUUUUUAGGAGGUCCGAUAUUGAACCUUUUGAUGACGCCAAACCGUCUCAUAAUCGUACAGGACAAAAAAAUUCACUUCUUCAUGUUCCCCGAUGGUAACAAGCCUAUAAGGUAGAAUUUUCUCAAGUCAACAAUUGAGUUUGUUUUUUUUUAGGUUCGAAGACACGCGUUUCAAUCCACACGGCUUGGCUGCAGUCAGCAUCGACGAAUUAACUGGCCAGCAGCUGGCUUUUCCUGGCUUCAAGGUGAUUUUUCUGGUGUUCAAGGCGUAUUUAUCUUUUUCUUUUCAGAUUGGCAGCGUUCGGAUCAUGAAUUUGAACAGUCUGAACGAGUUUGAGACGUUGGCACCGACGACGAUCAACGCCCAUUUGACAGAAAUCGCUCAGAUCGCUAUGAACAACCAAGGAACUCUGCUGGCUACGGGAUCCACGAAAGGAACUGUUAUCAGGUUUGAAACAGAUCGAUUACGAAAUUGAAAGUUCAUUCCAAAAUUAAGCGAAGUGUAGAAACAAGUUCUUUCUAAAUUUUGGAGUAAAAAAUCAAGAAGAUACUGAAAAAAAAGAGAUUACAAAAUUUAUUUUUUCUUACUUUCACUUUUUCACACUUUUUUCUUUUUAUUGACUCUCGACUAUGCAAUUUUGGACACUUGGGAUUUUAGGGUGUUCGAAACGAGAACGCAGCGUUUGCUCGUGGAGUUAAGGAGGGGCAACGUGCAGGCGAGCCUUCAUUGCUUGUCUUUUUCGCCUUGUUCCACUUUUUUGGCCGCUUCAAGUGACAAGGUGAUCAAGUUUUUGAAUAUCGUAGCGUUGAGUGAACUCUGAAACUUAUUUCAAAAUUAUACGUAUGAGGCUAUUUGCUACGCAAAUAUGUAGAAGUUCUAUGUCGAACGUUUAUUUUUAUAACCGGAAAUUUCAUAGUUUUCAUCGAUUCACUUUUCAAAUUUAGAGUUUGCAAAUUUUCAAGGCGAAAAAGUUGUCUCUAAAGUCUCUGUUAAGGGUACCAUCCACGUAUUUCGGAUUCGAGAUACUGAAGAAUCUUCACAGCGACAGGUCCUUCGACAGGUUUCGUCUUUUUUUUUUUUCUUAAAUCUUAAAAAUUUAUCGAAAUUCUAAUUUCCAAAGCGCAGUCAGAAUUAUAGUUCCAUGUAUAGAAGGAAAAAAAAAAUUCAAUUUCAUUCAUUCGAUUUUCAAAAGCUUUUCAAAUUAUAGUGAAAAAUGAAAAAUAUAGGUAUUUAAUUUUUCAACAGUAGUGAAAGUUCAAAGGUUUUUUUUGGGAUAUAAAAUGAGUUUUAGGUUGGCUUGGUGAAAGGAGCUGCCGAUGUGGCGAAAAUCUCAUUGGAGCCUCGCGUUUUGUGCUGCGGCUUCACUAAUGGUGGGUUCUACUCCGUUGUGAAACUUCAAAAGUUGUUUCUUACAGCGACUUCGACGUCUCUCCAAUCUCUCGUUGUUAUAUGCGCCAACGGGACUUAUCACAGGUUUUUUGUUGUAUAGAAACUGUAACUUUCGAUUUUUUUAAGCUGCAGUUCAGUUUAAAUGUCUCUCCUUGGUUUUUUUAGUUUUUUUUUCGUUGAAUCUGAGAUUGUAUGCAAAGGUGGAAAAUAAUUUUCCUGCCUCGAAAUUUCCACCGUCGCGUACGCAACGCUUCACUCAAGCCACUCUGCAAUUAUCUCCUUGCUAGCCGUUUAAAAUUGACUAUACCAAGCGUUUUCAAUUAUUUUGUGUAAUGAUCAAUUUUGAAGAUAUUCGUUCAACGCCGACGGUCACACACAACGAGAAAGCUUCGAGUCGUUGAAACAGCUCGGCGACGAGCAAGACUUCUGGACUUCUAUAUUUUAG